AUGGCUUCAGCGCCGAACGCUAAGGCCAUUUUCGGUGCUGUGUUGCAUUUUACCAGAUAAGGCCUCUUCCAACGCCAUGCGAGUAAUGGAGUCAGUCUCACUCCUGAUGAGGCCAGAGCUGCCAUAGCCGAACUACCCGAAGCACAUCGCCGUCAAAAAGAUCUCAAUAAGAAGUUCGAAAAGAAAGGAGACGAAGGAAGUCUCGAUUUUGCAGGAUUCUUCGAAUUUGUCGACCCUGGCAGAGAAAGAGGCGUACAGAGAUCCACGAGAAAAUCGAAUUCGGUAAGGGAAAUAUCAGAUCCGAACUAUGUCAGGUCAUUCUUUAAGCAACGCGUGUUGUCCGCCAUGCCAAAAUUUGUGGAAUGGAAGGGAAAGAACCUCGACGACACGACCGUCUCACUAGGUGAUAACCUUCUUCAGAUACUUCUGAAAGAGUUGAUAGUACAGCUCAGGUGGUCAACUGAUUACGGCUCAUUCUCGAUGAGGGACAAUUUUGUCGAAGCCGAGACGUUUAUGGGACAAGCCUUCGCCUUAAUAUGGAAAAGAUCAGGUGUCAUAGCCUCCCAACCCGCCAACCUGACCGAGAAAUAUUGUAGUUCUGGCUCGGCCUGA